AGCAUGUGAAGGCAGCACUCAGCUGGUAGUUCCCUGAGCAGCAGAAGUCGGAGCGAGGUACUGACAACUGACAGAAAAUAUACUGCAUCUCAGCAUGGAGAGCAACACUGCUACAGAGGUAGCAGACCACUCGGCGAGCACCUUCUCCCAGGUGGUGUUCGUCGACAUCCCUCAGUCAUACCUACCGUCCACCCACGUCACCUGCAGCUACACCCUCAAUGCGGCCUUCCAGCCCAACCCCAGGGACUGGGUGGGCAUCUUUAAGGUGGGGUGGACCACAACAAAGGAUUAUCAUACCUUUGUGUGGGUGGAACCAUGUAUAGAUGUAGUUGGGGAACAGACAGUGACAAGGCAAGCUUUCUUUAAGGGUAAGAAAUGCUUUCACUUCUGUUUCCAGGUGAAUGUGUUUGGCUGUGUUUGUAGUCUUUUUAUUGACGUGUUUGUCUUUUCCUUUUUCCAGGACCAAGUCGAGCAGAGCUUGCGCGAGAAAGCUGAAAUGCAGAAAGAGCUGGAUCAGAUAAAAGCUGAAAACGAAACCUUGAAGAGUGCUCUGCUGAGGGAGCAGCAGCAAGCUGCCAGCUUAAAGGGGCAGAAUGAGCAAAAAGGGAAAGAAAACGCCGAACUGGCCACUGAACUGGAUCAAACCAAGCAACAGAUUGAAAACCUCAGAAGCUCUUUGCAGCAGCAGCUGAAAGAAAAUGACAGCUUGAAGGAGGAGAUGGUGAUCCAGAUGACGAAGCAGAUGGAGAUACAGCAGGACGGCGUCACUGAGAGGAGGGAGCGGAGUUCAUCGAGAACGAGCGAGGAGAAAUACGAUCGAGCUGUGCAGAAGAUCAACCAGCUGAAAGAGGAGCGUGAAAAGCUGAAGGAGGCGAUUGAGGCCCAGAGUGAGGAGAUCUCAAAGCUGAAUGCAAAGGUCAGAGAAGGUGAACGGGAGCUGUUUAAAGCAAAGGACGGCAUCCAGCUCAUCGAGGUGGACCUUCAGAGCAGCAGGAAAGAGAAAGAGAGGCUCGCUGCAGAGCUGCAAAGACUGCAGAGCCUCACCUACAACGUGGACAAAAUGCAGAGAGAGAACCAGGACUUGAAUUCUUUGAUUUUUCAGCUGCAAAUCCUUGAAGUUAGUGAAGCGAUGGCAGAUAAGAGCAUCGCCAUAGAUGAAAGCAUGUCGACCAUAAAUCGGAAAGACAAUCAGAUCACACUUCUGACACAAGAGAAGGAGGAGCUUGCUCGAGAAAACCAGACUCUCAAAGAAACCAUUCAGGACCUGCGCAGACUUUACACAGAGCCCCCUACGACUCCUGCAGAACCUUCGUACUUGCAGCCAGAUGAUGAGGCACUACCACCUGCUUCAACCCACAUUUAUGAAACCAUAGGACCAGAGGACGAGGAGUCGCUGGUGUGUCGUCACUGCCGCGAGAGCUUCCCCGGCAUCACCCAGGACGAACUGGAUCAGCACGAGCAGUGUCACCGCGUCUGCCCCUUCUGCACGAUGAUCUGCGACGACAUGGACCAGGCCACGUUUGAAGAUCACGUCUACAGCCAUUAGGAGACAGCGGCAGCAGCGUGGUUUGAAUAAGUCUUAAGAGAUGGGUGGUUAUACAUUUAAAACUUCUUGGCUUCAACAUGUUGGCCUGCAGACACUGGAAACCUGCCUGUGUUACAUAAUCCUUUGCGGCCUAUGUUAUUGCAUUUAAAUAUAAAAACGUAAAAGUAGACGGCACAACUUCUCUGCUUACAUUUUGGCACAUGUGCGCACACAGAUAUUUAGCUCUGCUGCUGGUAUAAACACACGAAGUGUCAAACAAGUCAAACUAGACUACAGUCAAACGCCUCAUUAAAACCUACUUAGAACAUGCAAACUUCUGAAUGCACGCUGAAAAAUUCACACACACACGUUAUAAAGACACACCCGUGGUGGUUUCACAUGAAUUUAAAGGCUGGUUAGUGAAUAAAUCCUAAACAUUAUGAAUAUGGGAGAUAUUUAGGCACAUAAACACUGAUGUUGAACCCCUGCCACAUGCAAAACAUGUAAUGUUUCGCACCACAAAUUUGAGUCUACUUCUCCUCCCACUUUUCUUAAGUUUUUCCACAGGCACUGGUUUGGCAAAGAAAUUGGAAAGUUGUGUGGAAAUUCAAGUUUCUUAAUAUUAUAGGCUUUAACUGUAUUGUAACUGUCCUCUAAUCAGUAAUCAUAAUGUGAUGCUUCACUGCUGCAGAUAGCCUGUCUCAUUGGUGGUCACCCUAACAUUGUGCGAUCAGAGUAUGUUGUUUUUGUUCUCCUAAGUUUCUGAAAUCAGGAAAGAUUAUCAGUCAUGUAUAACGGAAGAAGUAGAGUUAAGAUAAAGAAUCCACUCUGUCAUAUUUGCUGAAGAGAUGAUAAAACCUUAAUUUACCUGAUCUGAACAUCAUCGGGGAGGAUUUAAAAAAACAAAACAAAAGCGUUUUUUCUUUCCAGCACGAGCAGGAUGUGAUAUAAUCUUUAAAAAAAAUGACCCCACUAGCAGUUUAAGAUCCCAUCUUAGUAGUCUUUAGUUUCUCACAUUGAAAGUCGGUUUUAAAGUUUUUACUUUUGAAUAUAGCCAUCAGAAAAAUGUGUGAUUUUAUUAAAUGAUCCUUGGAGUUGAUGAAUAGAGCAUUUUAGGUUAAUAACAAAACUUUAUGAAAUAUUAAAUAUAUUAUCCAGAGUUAUUCAUUUGUCUUUGCACUUAUCUGUAAGAGGAAAUUAUGAUCAGUUAUAACCAAGUCAUUUAUUUAACCAGGUUUCUGAUGAUUUGAACAUGUAAACUGGUAACAAGUUUGAGUCAAGUCAUAAAUGUAAGUGCAUUUUAUUGCAGAAUAAUAAAAAAUGUGCAACAAAA